GAUCGUCCAUGAUGGUGGUCGGCCUGCUAGCAGCUGUUUCUGAUUAUCAGCAAGUCUGUAAUCUGUCAUCCACUGACACUGAGAGGACAAGGACUCAUCUAAAGAAAACUGAAUUGAUUGGUUUAUUUUACACUAGACGUAUCUGAAGAUUCAUUCUGGGGUGAAACACCAGAGGUGAGCAUCUAUAAAGACAUUCAUCUUUCCGUUCUCAAACCCAGAGACUGCGGACGGCUAGAAACUACCACAGUGAGUCAUCCAUCAAUUCCAGCUUUAUGUUUAAAGGAGAUGGCUUACGUUUUGUCAACCGGCGUAAUAAAGAGUCAAUUUUCACCAUCAGUCUGUGGAAUAUACUGAUGACAAGUGAACAAGAAGCAAUCUGUCUGCAGACAGCCUUGUGUCCACAACUCGACCCUGUCAGUAAGAUACAACAGGAAGAAAAAGAGCUGCAGUUCAAUCACUUAAUUCCCACUGAGGUGUCAACAUACCUUCUUCAGCUCUUCAGCAUCCCUGCCAAGAAGACAGCAUCAACAGUCUGAUUCCAUUCUAGAUCGUUCAUCUGAAACGCUCACAAAAAUCACAGAACAUAUGAACAGAACCAUAUAUCAACGUGAAGCUUCGGCUGACGUUUGAAGGCCUCUGAGGCCCGCCAAGUAGUUCUGGCAACUAAUCACACAUCCUAAAAGCAGAAGAGACAGGAAGUGUUCUCAGGUAAAGAGGCAGAGCGAUCAAGAAUCUAUCAAGAUUCAUCACUAAACUGCCAACUGUUUACACAUCAGUUGAUAGAGAGACAAACACACACCUGUCGGAUCUUUAACAGACACCUGUUGGUCCACAACUAUUAAAGGCUCUUCUGACUAAUCAUGGCUGACUGGAGUCUACUUGGGAACUUUCUAGAAGAAGUCCAGGAACAUUCCACCUCGGUGGGAAAGGUGUGGCUCACCAUUCUUUUCAUCUUCCGGAUCCUGGUCCUGGGCACGGCCGCCGAGUCCUCGUGGGGCGACGAGCAGGAAGACUUCACCUGUGACACUGAGCAGCCCGGUUGUGAGAACGUUUGUUACGAUCGAGCCUUUCCCAUCGCGCAUAUCCGCUUCUGGGUGCUCCAGAUUGUAUUUGUGUCCACACCUUCUCUCAUCUACAUGGGACACGCGAUGCACAGUGUCCGCAGAGAGGAGAAGAGGAGGAAAGAGCAGGAAGAAGAAGAAGGAGCGCAAAGAGACAGGGAUGGAGAGAAGUACCCAGACGAAGACAAGAACUGUGGGAAGGAGGACGAAGGUGGAGGUGGGAAGGUGCAACUGAAGGGGGCUUUGCUACAAACAUACGUACUAAGCAUCCUCAUCCGCUCUGUAAUGGAAGUGAUCUUCAUCAUAGUCCAGUACAUGAUCUAUGGCGUCUUCCUUAAUGCGCUCUACGUAUGUAAGGCUUCUCCGUGUCCGCAUCCAGUCAACUGCUACAUCUCGAGACCUACGGAGAAGAACGUGUUUAUUGUGUUUAUGCUGGCGGUAGCGGCUGUAUCACUGUUGUUAAGUGUCGUAGAACUGUAUCAUUUGGCGUGGAAGCAGUUUAAGGGUUGUUUGCAAGGAUAUAAGGCUUCCAAACAGCGACAGAAUACACCAUCCACCGUGGCUGCAGUCUCACCAAACCGAGCUUGCACUCCACCUCCCGACUUCAACCAGUGCCUGACAUCUCCACCAUCUUCCCCUACCAUACAGACACACGGAAACCCACUUUUACACCCAACCUGCCCGCCUUUUCACGACCGGCUGGCGCACCAGCAAAACUCGGUUAACAUGGUCACUGAACGCCAUCGAGGUCAAGACUACCUAGGGGUCAACUUCUUCAGCUUCUCACAUACACUUACAGAGACGCCCAACUCAUGUGCCUCGCCUUCGUUUCUAAACAGUGAUUUUGUUGAGGACAAGCGAAGGUUUAGCAAGAGCAGCGGGACCAGCAGCCGCAUGAGACCGGAUGACCUUGCAGUAUAGCACUGACCGCUCGCAUAUGGAAAAGGGUCGUCUAGUGUGACUAGUCAUAAAUCUGCGACAUGAUUUUGCACUUGACCUAACAUAUAGACUGAGCCAGAAUAUCGGUUCACACAUUAGCACAGAUGCAUAAAUGUGAGUGAGUGAUGCAUAAAGAAAUCCAUUCAACUUAAAAAAAAAAAAAAAAAAGUCAACAUGAAAUAAAGACAUGUUAUACUUAAAUGCUUAUAUUUAUAAUCUUUCAUCAAUAUUUAGAAACUUGCUCAACCUCUGAAACGCCUUUUGUCACUUUGCAUUUGGACUAAUGCAUUGGAAACAAAAUCAAGCCAGCUGGAAUACACCAUAUUACACCAGUUUCACUGUAAUAAUGCACUAUAAUAUACUGUUGCACCAUAAUGCACUGAUGAGAUGUUUUUUCCUCCUUAUUGGUAAAUGAGAUGUUUAUAUUUGCUGAUCUUAGCAGUAUUUAAAUAUUCUGGACCGCUGAUAAGAAAAUGAACGUUUCUUUCUUCGUCAAACGCAUUUCUCAAAUGGAAAAUGGACGUUGAGCUAACCAUUUGAAAUGGACAUUUUGCAUUUUGAACACUUGCUGUGACUUCGCAACCUUUUUGAUUGCGUAAAAACGACAGGACAAUGGAGAGAGACAAAUGCGAUGUGAAAUACUAUUGCAAAAAAAUAGUACUGUACUAUUAAAACAUUACUGUAAAUCCAGGGACUGUCAUAACAGGCCAGCUCUGAAGAAACAGUUGCAUCUAAUUUGAUAAAAACCAAAUCAUCCUGACAGUGCAAGAGUGAUUUAAACUGUGAAACUCUGGGGUGAAGAGCUCUUGUACUGAGCCCAAUUAUGUAUACUUUGCCUGAAAAUAUGAAAGAAAAAAGGAAUGUAAAACAAUGUUGUUUUAACCUUUGCAGUCAUAUUUCCAAUUCUAUUUGUAAAAACAGAUGUGCUUGUUCUUAAUUAAUUUUAUGUAUCAGAUUUUUUUAAAUGUUAUUAAUGCAU